AUGUAUGCGGAGGUGCUCAAAGCUGAAGACAUUUUGUCCUCGGGCUAUGCCACCACAGCCUCCUCAAGCCCCUCGCGUCCCCUCUUUCAAAACGACGACGGAGGCAACGACGAAGACGAAAACGGAGACAACGACGAAGACGGAGACAACAACGAAGACGAAGACAACAACGAAGACGGAGACAACGACGAAGACGGAGACAACGACGAAGACGGAGACAACGACGAAGACGAAGACAACGACGAAAACGAAGACAGAGACAGCGACGAAGACAACGACGAAGACAACGACGAAGACGAAAACAACGACGAAGACGAAGACAACGAAGACGGAGACAACGACGAAGACGAAGACGACGAAGACUACAAUGACGACGACGAAGACAGCAACGACAACGACGACAAAGAGGAAGAUAUGUGUGAAGGGAAGUCAUAG